CUUGCUUUUUAGUAGCUGCAAGCGAGGUAAACGGAAGUGUCGUGACAGCGUGACAUUUCAUAAGUGGAUAGCCGGUAUAAACACUGGACGAAUGUACCAAUGUUAAGUAACUUGACCUUAGUAACUGUUUACCUUGGUAAAAGCUCAAAUGUAAACACAGCAUUAGAUCACGAGAUUCGUAAACAUUUUAAUCGGAGGCACGAGUGAUUGUGAAAUAGAUUUUUAUCGAGAGAACACAGAGAAUAGGACGUGUUGAAAUCCUGGAAGAGAAUUAAACACGGAUUUGUUGCUGAGUACGAGUGAGUUGUGAGUGUACCCCACAAGUUUGGUACAGAGAAAGAUUAGCCAAGGAGCACAAGGAGUGUAAAGUGGGAAGCAACCUGAAUGCUGGUGAGGUAACCUAUCAACAGUAAAGAUCUGGGAAAGAAAAAGAAAAGAAUGGAUGGAAAAGAAGGAUUUGAUGGAAAGUCAAAGGAAUGGCUUGAAAAGUUUUAUUCUCCUAGUAGAUGGAGCAAACGUUUGACUGCUGACAAAGUCGUGGAAUAUCACUUCAAGGUAUGUACGGAAUACAGUGAAACUACACGGCAAAGUUUAAAUGGCGAACUGAGCAUAGCUUACGGUGAGAAGAAAGCCAAGAUGGACAUAUUUUAUCCCACUGCAAUGAUUGAUGAUGCUAGAUAUGCAAACAGUGCCAUGCCCGUUUUGCUGUUUGUUCAUGGUGGAUACUGGAAGUUAGGUAGCAGGAAGACAUACGCCUUUGUGAGUAAUGCUUGGAUAAAAGCUGGAUGUAUUGCUGCAAUUGUGGGUUACAACCUAGCACCAGAAGCCAGCCUGGAGCAGAUGGUGACCGAAAUCCAAGCAGCUGUGAAGUUUGUUGUUAACAGGUUUCCUAAAUCAAAUCUGUUUUUGUGCGGCCAUUCUGCUGGAGCUCAUUUGUGUGCCAUGAUGAUGGUCUCAGAUUGGAGCAAAGAUCCAUGCGUUCCCCAGGCUGUUCGUGGUAUGUUUCUCAUCUCUGGAGUUUUUGAUGUACUUCCUAUUCUUGGCACUUACGCAAAUGAUGUAUUAAAACUGGAUGAAGAAUCUGCUGCCAGACUCAGUCCACAAAGGAUUUUGAUGAAAAUGUCGCCAACAAUUUGCUGUCCUGUCAGGGUUGUGGUUGAAGAGCAUGGCAGCCCAGAGUUUAUUCGGCAGUCUAAAGAAUUUGCUGACAUCUUGAAGAGCUAUGAUGUUCAGGCUUCUUUUCUUGAGUUGCCUGGAGUAGAUCACUUUGAUAUAAUUGAAAAUAUGAUGAAUCCUGAGGAUUACCUAUGCAAGGAGAUCUUAAAAAUUGUCCAAGAGUAAGAAAGGAAAAGGGAAAAAAACAGGAAAAUUACCAAACUAUGGCCUUUGAUUUUACUAUGUACAACUACAUGUAUGCCACUGUCAGGUUCCCUUUUCUACAGGAUUAUAUCAUUCAUAAAUCAAUUUAGGGUGUAGCAUUUUCUUUUUCCUUUUAGUAAAUUCUGCGACGAAAAACAAAGAAAACAA